AUGAUUAACAGGGAUUUGAUUGCUGGAAAUACAUUGAACUGCAGCUGUUACGGAGGAGAAAGUGAAGCCAAGAAUGAAUGGGUUGAGAUGUUAUUGAGCAAUUAUGUACCAUGGAAUUCUGGUUUGAAAGAAGGUAUCGAUCUUAUUGCAAAGGAUCCAAGAGGAGAAUUGGUUCACUAUUCUCAUGACAAGACGAGCGAGAAAUUUGAGUUUGUGGUUCACAGGGAAGGUCUGCACCAAUUUUGUUUCAAGAACAAGGGUCCUCAUUACGAAACCGUCGACUUUGAUAUUCAUAUUCGCCAUUUUGCAUAUCAUGGCCAGCGUGCUAAGGACGAGCACCUUAACCCAUUGAUGACACAACUCGCAAAGUUGCAACAAGAUCUCUUUGACGUCCAGUUCGAACAACACUGCCUAGAAGCUCAGACUGAUCGCCAAGCUAUAUUGAAUCAAGGAAUGAGUAAGAGGGCAAUCCACAAAGCAAUGUUGGAGCCGAGAAGAUAG